CCCCAUUCCUCCCCACUAGAGUCCCAGUGGUCCCCUAUCUUUGUUGCUUCGCUUCGUCUUCGCCUUCGUCAGACCUCCAGUAGUUUGCAAUUUAUGCCGGAUGCUUCAGACUAAGGCAAGGCCAUGAAUGGGCGCCGCGGGUAUCAGACCCGUCUCUGAUCAUAAUGGGCUCCUAUUAUGCAUGCGCAGGGCAGUGCACAGAAGUGCUGAUGCAAGGCACCACCAGUCCAGACUCCAGACUCCAGCGCAACGCCCACCUUGCCUCCGGCGUUUGGGCGCCGUUGAUCGAUCGUUUGCUUUUCCUGGGAGGAAAUUGCAACGCCCGACAGCGGACAGAGGAACACUGCGGAGGAGAAGACCCCUUGCCUGUCGUCCAGUCCCUGAGAGUCUCAUUGUCCCCUCAUUCCGGUUGCUCUGGGUCACCCUCCACUUCCAGGGCCCGCCUUGCUUGCAAGCGCAGCGCGGCUUGGGCCCAUCUCCUCACCGAGCGCACAGACCAGAAGCAUCUUCACCUGACGCCCGAGUGCCAUACACCGAGAGCACCCUCCAUUCUACACCGAAAACUUUUUUUCCCAGCUCUCGGCCCCGCCACAUGCGCUGGACGACCAAACUCAGGAAAACGUCAACGCAACAGCCUUGUCCAGCCUCGCCGACGCCAGCACUCCUCCACUCGACGACGACAACCUAUACCCGAUUGCCCAUACGAGACCGACAACAUGGGCGUUCAGAAGAAGACCAGAAAGUUUGGUGAAGUCAAGCGAGUCAUCGGCAAGAACGACGCCCGGCGCAAGGAGAACCUGAAGAAGGCGGAAGAGGCCGAGCAGAAGGCCAAGCGUGAAAGAGGUGGUCCAGAUGGCGAGACUAUCGUCAGAGAGAUUCCUCAGGUCCCCUCGCAGAUGUUCUUCGAGAGCAACUCAAGUCUCGUGCCUCCCUAUGGCGUCCUCGUCGAUACCUCAUUCUUCUCCCGAACCGUUCAGAUGAAGUUGCCAGUGAUAGAAACCAUGAUGGAUUGUCUCUAUGCUACUUGUCACCCCAUCGUCACUGACUGUGUCAUGGCCGAGUUGGAAAAGCUUGGUCCCAAGUUCCGCCUUGCUCUCAGAGUAGCACGUGACCCCCGUUUUGAACGACACAAGUGCACACACAAAGGAGUGUACGCCGAUGACUGCCUCGUGUCCAAGGUGUCUAAAGACAGAGUGUACCUCGUCGCAACCAACGACAAGGGCCUCGUGUCCAGACUUCGUCGCAUUCCCGGUGUUCCAAUCAUGAAGUGUGGACGUGGAAAGUACACCAUCGAGAGAUUGCCCGACGCCCCGAUUUAAGCUUGAAUCAACGAUAUAGGAGGGAAUUCGCGGUCAUUCCGUCAGCGCGAGGGAGAACGUCAAGUACCUUAGACAGCACAACGAUACGAUUGUCAAGUUGGAAAAAAAAAAAACUUGCAUAUUGUGGCAGGCUGGUUUCUUGACGCGGAAAAGCGACAUAAAAGUCGCGGGGAUCGAAGAGACAUGCGCAUCGAGCCCAGGUCCACCAAGCCCUGGAAAGGGAGCACGGCGAGGGAGAAGCAAAAGCAUAUCUGGGUUCUGGUUUGUAGGCAUUUUUCUCAAAAAGGGUUGGGUCGUGAUGCAAUUCGACCCAACCAUUGCGUACCGUGGUUUUGGCACUUGUAAUACUGGUAUGGAACUUUGGUGGUCGUUAAAGUAGUCGGGGUUAACCACGCCGUAUCCCCGAUACUGGCCGACGGAUGGCUCCGUCAGCUCGUAGUUGCCUAGAUGGUUUAGGCUGCUUUUAGGAAUCCAAAGAAUGACCCAAA